AUGUUCCGUGGCAGCCAUCUCGCCGCGCUGCCCUGUCUGCAACGUCUGGGCCGCGCCGCCGCCUUUGCCCGCGGCCUCACCACUGGCGCCUAUGGACGUCCUGGAAUCAAGCGCAUCGCGGCGAACAUGAGCUCCACAUCUUCUCAGCGUGGUUACCCUGCCCGGAAGUCUGAGCCCUGGACUCGCCUUACCCACCAAGAGAGACGACCACAAUGGGUUGCUUAUAAUCCAAGGACAAUGAGGCCUCCGCCACUUAGCACUGAUACCAAUUCUAUGAAGAUUCUGUCCUGGAACGUUAAUGGACUGCAAACUAUGGUACAGUCAGGGUUUUCUGCAGAUGAAUUGGUUGGCAGAGAGAACUUUGACGUCUUAUGCCUUCAAGAGACACACUUGGAGGAGCGCAAUGUUGACCUUUUUAAGAACCUGGUACCUGAAUAUGAUUACACCUAUUGGUCAUGCAGUGUUGCAAGGCUUGGUUAUUCAGGAACUGCUGUGAUAUCACGGGUACAACCAAUCUCAGUCCAAUACGGGCUUGGCAUACCAGAGCAUGAUCAGGAAGGCAGGCUUAUUACCUUGGAGUUUGAUGAUUUUUACUUGGUCAAUGCUUAUAUCCCAAAUUCUGGCCGUGGUUUACGUAGACUGAAUUACAGGGUCAAUGAUUGGGAUCCAUGCUUUAGCGAUUUCAUAAAGAAACUGGAAUGUUCCAAACCAGUAAUUGUUGCUGGGGAUCUAAACUGUGCUCGCGAAAGUAUUGACAUUCACAAUCCUCAAGCAAAAACCGAGGCUGCAGGUUUCACAAUUGAAGAGAGGGAGUCAUUUGAGGAGAACUUCACUAGCAAAGGCCUUAUUGAUACAUUCCGCAAACAACACCCGAAUGCUGUGGCCUACACUUUCUGGGGUGAAAACCAGCGCAUUACCAACAAAGACUAA